UUUGGAUUUAACCUCACCCAUUUUUUUUUUAUUUUGGUACACCAGUGAUUUUGUUUUGCGUGUACAAAUUUCUUGUGCAAUUUUUUGAUGCGUUUUUUGCAUAAACAAUUAAAAUAUUUAAAUUUAUUAUGUUUACACGUUCAUUUGUUCGGAUGUUCUCUUCCGCGAAGAGCUCACAUGUAACGAAAUCAUCUAUUAAGAGCAAGAUUUUCGUAGGUCUUGUUGGUUCUGGAUUAGCUUAUGACGGAUUUGUCAAUGAAUUUGGGACAACUCAGGCUGUAACCAGAUUUCUACGUUCACUCCGAAUUGCUGUUUCGAUCUCAUUGGAUUAUACAUUUUCGUUGUGGGGCUUGGAGGAGGGUACAGAGGCUUAUAGUGCAAAAAAGAAAGAAGUUCACCUGCGAUGUGCCAACCGUAUGCUGAAAGGCUGUCUGGCAAACGGUGGUUUGUAUAUAAAAGUUGGUCAGGGCUUUGCGACUGUGAAUCAUAUUCUACCGCCUGAGUACACAGAGACGCUUCAAAAGCUCCAUAAUGAGUGCUUGACAAGGAAAAAAGAUGAGGUCAGGAAGGUAUUUCAGGAGGAAUUUGGGAAAAGUCCUGAAGAUUUAUACAAAGAUUUUAACUACACGCCCAUUGCGGCUGCGAGUCUGGCCCAAGUCUUCAAAGCCACAACGUGUGACGGAAAAAAUGUUGCAGUGAAAGUACAGUACAUUGAUCUUCAGAAAAGAUUUUCCGGCGAUCUCGGUACCAUCAUCUUUCUACAAGACAUCAUUGAGAUUGUCCACAAGAAUUACAAUUUUGGAUGGAUCAUCAAAGACAUACGAAAGAAUCUCGAAAGGGAAUUGGACUUUGAAAAUGAGGCUCGAAAUUCCGAACGGUGCGCUAAAGAUCUGAAGAAAUUUUCCUACGUCUAUAUCCCAAAAGUUCGAUGGGAUCUCACAAGUACCAGAGUUCUAACCACGGAGUUCAUCGACGGGAUAAAAAUGAACAAAACAGACGAAAUAAAGAAAAAAGGAUUUGACCUAGCAGAUAUCGACGUAAAAAUCUUUACAACAUUUUCAGAACAAAUUUUCAACACUGGCUUCGUUCAUGGAGAUCCCCAUCCUGGAAACGUUCUUAUUCGUCAUGGAAAGUGUGGUAAAGCGGAAUUAGUGCUUCUGGAUCAUGGAUUGUAUGAAACUAUUCCGCACAAUGUAAGAGAUUCCCUAUGCCAUUUCUGGGAAGCGAUCGUGCUUAAGGAUCACAAGACUAUGAAAAAGUAUGCAACGAAGCUUAAUGUGAAAGAUCACUACCGUUUUGCUGAAAUCCUUCUACAACGUCCAUUGGAGACAAAAGGUAAAUUUACAACUCGCCUUACGGAUGAAGAAAUUGCAUACAUGCAAAAGAUUGCUCGUCAGCGUUUUGAUCUUAUAAUGGAGACCCUCAAAGAGAUGCCUCGCAACUUGAUCUUCAUCGUGCGAAAUCUCAACAUCAUCCGUGCUGUAGCUCGUGAUCAUGGUGACCCUGUGAAUCGUCCCAAACUGAUGGCGCGACAUGCUGUAAAGUGCAUUCACCGCGAUCAGGGAAUCCUGGCUACAGUCCUGACCUUUGUACGUCGAGUGCGCUUUGAGUUUGCAUUGUUGCAGAUGUCAUUCCACUAUUGGUUUAUAACGACGUACUUGGCCCUACUGACUAAGCUGGGUCGAGCGCCAGAGACAAAAAGUCUCUUUCAGAUAAACACGAAGAAUCGCGCGUAAUAUUUUUGCGAUAAUUCUGUGUGCCUUAAGCGACAUGGUUGAUGGUUUUUUAUUUCUCAAGUACAGCCUUCCUUCUGUCUCUUGAGCUUUUUUUUGUUUAAUGUAUAGUUUUAAUAUCAGACACUGUCUAAGCGCUUAUUAGAGUCUAUAGUUUACAUAUUUAAAUAUAAGAAACACUUCAGGGACUAUUUGUACUAAAA